CUUCCAAAACCAAUUUCAUUUUUUCUAUUAUUAAAAUCAACAGAAGCGAGAAUUCCGGAAAACAAAUUAUUCGAAAUUCCCUUUUGAUGGAAAAUAAAAAUUAUCACCCACCGCCACCUGAAAUUGAAGCUGCUCCACCUCCGCCGCCGAAAUCUGCGAGCCCCGCCCCCUCUCCGCCCCAAUCCAGACGCAACAACAGCGGAGACCACAUCUCCCUAUCUUCUCCGGCGGAAUCCUACUCGUCGCCGCUUCACUCCAAGCACAACAGCGAUGAGCACAUCUCGCUCUCCCCGCCGGAGCAAAAUUCGCCGGCGCGGUCCUCGGCGGACUCCGCGCACAUCACGAUCAGGAACAGCCGCGGCUCUUCGCCGGAUCACGAGAGGAAUCGGCCGAUGGAUCGUUCCUCGCUCGAAUCCGAGUACAUCACCUUCGAUCACGGCCGCGGGAGUGAGCAGACUCGGCCGGCGGCUGUGGUGGUGAGGAAGGAUGUGUACAAGGGGCCGAUGGAGGAUAUGGUUGUGGUGGAGGAGCCUAUGGCGGCGGUGAUGAAUAGGGCGGUGAUGGAGGAGCCGAAUGUGGUGGCGCCGAAGACGGAUCCGGGCCCUGAAUUGACCGGCGGCGGCGGAAGUGGAAUUAGGCAGAGGAGGGUUAGUCCGUCGCUGUCUAUAUUGAGGAGAGGUAAGAGAGAGAAGAUGGUGAGGAAAGCUGCGUUGGGGUUUAGGGUUUUUGGUUUGUUGUUUUGCUUGGUUUCAUUUGCAGUAAUGGCAGCUGAUAGAAAUCAGGGAUGGGCUCUCGAUUCAUUUGAUCGUUACAAAGAAUUCAGGUACUGUAUGUCUGUGAAUGUGAUUGGAUUUGUGUAUUCUGGAGCUCAGGCGUUGGAUAUGUCGUAUAAUCUGGCGACCGGAAAGUAUAUGGUGCAUCAACAACCAAGACUCCGGCACUACCUCAACUUUGCAGCUGAUCAGAUGAUCGCUUAUCUUCUCAUAUCAGCUUCCUCGUCGGCCACUAUCCGGAUCGACGACUGGCAACUGAACUGGGGGAAGGACCAGUUUCCAGAUUUAGCAACUGCUUCUGUAUCCAUGUCUUUCCUCGCCUUUGUCGCCCUCGCAAUGAGUUCUCUCAUAUCUGGCUAUGUUCUCUGCACUUCCAAAACCGCAUAGUUUCGACUUCCUCCCUCAAACUAGGUCGUGUGCACCGCUGCCCUCGCCUCGAGUUCCUUUACGCUAUCUAGGUCGAGAUAUACUCUGUGUGUAUCUAUUGUAGCGGCUGUCUGCAUCUUUAAGAACAAAAUGGUGUAUAUAAACAUUCAUUAUGUUGUGGCUUAUAGCUAAAGAAUCAUAAGAUACGUUGUUGAUGGGAGGUUUAAAUUAUGGACUUUCAAUAACAGUUGGUUGGGCCAAAGGUUUAUUUU